GUGCGUGCAACCGCAUCGCAGCCCGGCAGCGAUGUUCCUGCGGCGGCUGAGAACCUCCGCCGCCCUCCGGCGCGGCGCCAACGACGGCGGCGUCCUGGCCGCCAUCCGCGCGGAGCUCUCCCACGAGCUCACCUCCUCCGCCCCGUCCGAUCCCCCUCCCUUCCAUUUCCAGGACGCACCUGACUUCGUCACCGUGUGGGAUGCCCCCUGCGCGCAGGACGUGCUCCUCCGCCGCCGGGCUGACUCCGAGGAGGUCCUCGUGUCGGCGCUGCUCGCGCCGCUGCAGUUCGCAGACCAAGCGCCGCUGCCCAGGGCCGCGCUCAUGAAGGUGUUCGUCAGUAAGCCUGGCGCGGCUCCGGUGCUGCACUUCGACUGCCGUACGUCCUGGGUUGGGGAGGACGGCGGCGAUGCUGACUAUGCUAUUAACGCUGUUCGGUACCACCCAAUUCCUGGUGAUGCUGGGGAAGACAAGUACGAAGGGCCGGAGUUCAGAGAUUUGGAUCCUGGGCAAAAAGCUGCAUUGCAAGAAUAUCUAGUGGCAAGGGGCGUCAACUCCAAGCUGGCAAGCUCAGUUCUCCAUCACUUGCUUCAGAAGGAGCGCUUCCAGUAUGUGAAUUGGCUGAAGACUUUAGAAGAGACGUUUGCAAAAAAUCAUUGACCGUAUCCUCAUUUGAACAUUUAUGAACUAUCGUUUCUUGCUGAGUCAAGAGCUCACAUUUUUGUUGUGCCGAUGCUCGAACAGGCGCAGUUCCUGCCCAUUCAUGUCGAUGAUAACUCCUACCCAAAUCCUGUUGAGAAUACGUGGAAUCCCUAUAUCUAUAUCCCGAGAGAAUUCAAUUGUCUCAUUUUAAAUUUC